CCACCAGAUGCCCCAGCAGAGCUCCAUCGAUAUUUGGAAACUAUCCAACUCCUAUCUACGAUCAAUCCGGCGAAAUAUUUCCAGCUAUUUGCAAUUCCCUGGACUUAACAUAACAUCAUGAUGAACACCUUGAGACUAGUAGCACGAAGAAAUCUCCAGCACAUUCGGAGCUUCAACAAGAGUGCUGUCUACGGCCAGACAGCUGAAGCAGCAGUUGCUCCAGCUGAGAAACUCACUCCUCCUCCUCCUGAAGGAACUGACAAGCCUGUCACUGCGAAAAUCGAAAAACUUGUGAAGGAUAUCACGUCAUUGAACCUCAUAGAGGUUGCUGAGCUAAGCGAUGUUUUGAAAAAGAGGCUAAACCUUCCUGAUGCUCCUCUUAUGCCAAUGGGAGGGAUGGUGAUGGCUAAACCACAGCCAGAGGAAGAAGAAGCAGCACCUCAACAGAAACAGUCCUCUUUCACAGUAAAACUCACGGGAUUCGAUGAAAAACAGAAAGUUCCAUUAAUCAA